UCAGUGCUAACCUUUGCAGUAAAAGCACUUUGCUUUGUAACUGCAAUCCUUUGCUUGUACCUAUCGUUCAAGCACUUGAAUGAAACAAAAUCCGUUCUUCUUUGUUAUUUGUCUCCUGUCAUGAUAAAUUUUUACAGUUUAGGAGGCAUUACUCCAGUGCUUCUCUUUACAACAUGCACAUUUUCUAUUUGUUUUCGGACUUUAAUGGAAAUUAUGUCAAAGCUUGGUUCAAAAAGAACAGAACAAUCACCACUGAAUCAUAAUGAACGGCUUGAGUUCCUUGGCGAUUCAGUGAUUGAAUUCCUUACUACUAUCCACCUUUUCUAUAUGUUUCCGGAUUUGGAUGAGGGUGCAUUGGCGACUUAUCGUUCUACAAUGGUUCAAAAUAAAAAUCUAGCUUCUUUGGCGAAAAAAAUUGGUAUUGAUGAUUUUAUGAUGUAUGCUCAUGGACCAGAUCUUUGCCAUGAAUCUGAUUUGAGACAUGCCAUGGCAAAUACAUUUGAAGCUGUGAUGGCUGCUGUAUAUCUAGAUUCUGGUAUCGACGAUUGUGAUAGGAUAUUUGGCGAGGCGAUGUUCCAGGAUGAUGAACUUCGUGACGCUUGGUUUUUUCUGGAAGAACAUCCACUUAAACGUGAUUAUCCCCAAGGUGAUCGUCAUUUGAUACAGGAUGUGUCAGCUUUGCAGCACUUAACUGAAUUUGAGCGAAGUAUCGGUGUAACUUUUAAACAUAUCCGAAUUCUGGCGAAAGCUUUCACAAGGAAAUGUGUCGGAUUUAAUAACCUAACAUUUGGACACAACCAACGAUUGGAAUUCUUGGGUGAUACUGUACUGCAGCUUAUCACUACAGAUUAUUUGUAUAAACAUUUUCCAUACCAUCAUGAAGGACAUCUUUCAAUUCUUCGUACUUGCGUAGUUAGUAAUAAGACACAGUCUAUUAUCUGCGAUGAUAUAGGUAUGGCGAAUUAUUUAACGUUGAAACUUAAAGAUAAAGCAGAUCUGGUUGAAGCGCUAAUUGGUGCUUUGUAUGUGGAUCGAGGUUUGGGUUACUGCAAGAUUUUUUGUCGCGUUUGCUUUUUUCCUCGUUUCAAGCUUUUCAUUCUUUCUCAACGGUGGAAUGAUCCGAAAUCACAGCUUCAACAGCGAUGUUUAGCAUUACGCCAGAUUGAUGGUGGGACUCCUGAUAUUCCAGAAUAUAAAACAAUAGGAGUGGCUGGGCCAACAAACACUCGAGUUUAUCAAGUAGCAGUUUAUUUUCGAGGUAGAAGAUUGGCAAGCGGGUGUGGCCACACAUUGCAGACGGCUCAAAUGAAAGCAGCUGAACACGCUUUAAAAGCUCAAGCGAGACUUUUUCAAGGAACAAGAAUACAGUCGAAGAGAUCAGAUGAAUAUAUAUCAGGAAGUUCUGACCCUCAAAUGUAUAUUUUUCUCCAAAUUGCGGAAAUUGGCUGCAGUAGAUCGAGAAUAUAUAUUUAG